GGGCCGAGGUGCUGGGCCGGGGCCGGCCAGGCCGGGUGACCGUACGUCCAGGUCCAAGGAAGAGGACGCCUGUCCCGGGCGGUGGCUCCGAUGCGGGAGGCGGAGGGGCGCGGCCGGCCCCGGGGGGGCUGGAGCGGAGAGGAGGGGGUUGCGGCACCUCCCACCCGGGCUGCGGCUGCCACACCGCACCGCACCGCACCGCACCGCACCGGCAGACUGGCCGUGGCGCCUUCCUCCCCGUUCCCGGGGCAGCGCCGCCCCGCCCCGCCCCGCCCCGCCCCGCGAGCGCGGCCCGCUGUCCUCCGGGCCCCGGCCCCUUCCCCGCUGGACGGGCAGGCCCCUCCAUCGCACGGCCCCUGCCCCAGCACAGCCCCGCGGAAGGCAGGGGAGCACCACGUAGGCCUGCGCCUCCGCAACUGCAGGCAGGUACCUCUGUGCUCCUUGCUGCCUCCGACCCCUCUCCCCCUGCUCCCAGAGGAGGAAAGCAAAAUCCCAGGCAUUUCGGCAGAUUUAAAAAACCCUCCCAGGCGGAGACCGGAGGGCUCAAAAAGAGGACAUGUCUAGGAAAAGCCAGACCUGGUAAUCCUAGCAGCAGGGCUCCCCCUCCGCGCCCUGGCCCCAGCGGUGACUGCUGGAGGGGGGCGGGGGGCGGUCCCUGCUUCCACCUGCACAGCCACAGUCCCUCCCUGGUGCCCUGGCAGAGGAGGACAAUGAGAUCAACGCCAUGGACUUCUGCCUGGAUGGCAGCGUCUUUGCCACGGCCGGCACCGACCGCCACAUUCGGCUCUACGACAGCUGCACCAUGCAGGAAAAUCAUAUCUUCCUGACGGGCGGCUGGGACAACAGUGUCAAGGAUCCGGAGCGACUCCCCCCAGCUCUGGCAUCUGCCUGGAUCCAGAGUGACUCCCCUCGGCGCCGGCACUGGUCUGGGAUCUGGAGUGACUCCUGUCUGCAGCCCUGAAUCUCUGGAGGGAGUGGCAUGUCCAGAACGCCUGCGCCCUGUGGCACCUGUAACGGCAGCUGCUUCCUGGGCCUGGAGGAGCUUCAGGGCUCCUGUGCCCUGUGGGGGCUCCUGGGGGCACUAGCCCUGUUCUAUCUGCUCUCCCUUGUGUGCAACGUGCUGUGCUGCCUGAGGUACAAGAAGGUCAGAGAUAAACUCCGGUCGCAUGUGACUCGACUCAGGGGAAGUGCGGCACACCUGGCAGAGGAGGUGCCUGUCUAUGGCAACAUCGGCUACCUGCAGUCAGGACAUGGCUCUGGGGUGCACACAGUGAAGACUGAGUCUGAGAGGGAGCCCAGGGUGAAGAAGCCGACCUGCUACGCGAACCUCAAGCUGAAGAGCCCAGGCCGGCUGCUGCCCGAGGCGCCCGCGGGGAGCACCGAGAUCCAGUACACGGACGUGGUCCUGGCCGGGCCGCGGUGCUCGGAGCUGGAGGUCUGGGCCGAAGGGUGCGUCGCAGGCCGGGAGGCUGCCCAGCCGCCAGGCGAGCUCUACGCCUCCGUCCACACCGACCGCUUCCUGCCCGCGUUUGAGAACCAGGACUACGCCAACAACCACGCCGUGCCCAGCUGAGGGGCAGGUGCGGCCGCAGGGAGCUGGGGCCGGAGGACAGCACCGCGGUGGGCCAUGGGCCACUACGGCGUGGCCACAGCGGAGCCCCGGGACUCGGGCGGGUCGCCCCCGCGCCCACCCUGCCAGUGCAGACAGGGGGCACUGGGAGUCCUGCGGGCCGGGCCGGGCCGGGCCGGGCCGGGCCGGGCUGGGCAGCACAGCACGGGGGGCGCAGGGGGCCCUGGAGGCCGGGGUGAGCCCGGGCGGGGGAGGGCGGGCAGACUCGGAGGGAGGGGGCUUGAGGGCUCGCGCCGCGAUUGGCUGCCCGGAGCGGAGCGGUGAUAGGCUAGCACUGCCGCUGAGGGACGGGGGAGGGCGGAGGGUGUGGCGGACGUCUUCGCUCUGAUUGGCUGUUGGGAGUGGCUCCAGCCCUUCUCCGCAUUCUGGUUGGCCGUCGGGACGUCGAGCCCCUUUCGCCGUUGUGGGCGCUGAUUGGCCGGGCUGUGAUCCGCGGCAGCCGGGGGCGGGGGGGGGGCGGAGACGGGGCGGGGCAGCCGUGCGCCGGUAGGGUGUAGCCGAGAGCCGCCCACCUGGGGGUGCGGCCCCACCCUGCCCCGCCUCGCCCUUGGGGCCGCUAGGGCCCUGCGCGAUCCGGAUCAGCGGCGCGGCGGCGGCGGUGGAGACAGCCGGAGCAGACGACAGACGCGAGGGGGCGGUGAAAGUGACCGCGCUGUCCGACCCCGCGCCCCGCUCCCGCCUUCGCCAGACGCGGCCCGGGCGCGACCGCAGGCUCGCGCUCCCAUUGACCGCCUCCGGGCGAGCCCCGAUUGGCUGGAAGGGCUGCAUGGGCGGGGCGGGGGGGGGUGGUCAGGUCUGUCUCGGCAUUCUUCCCUGUGAUUGGCUACCUCCUAGCUGAGGAGGCGGGUCCAGCACUACGUAGUCCUCCUCCACCUUCGGAUUGGCUGUGGGGCGGGCCGGAUCCUUCUUCCUCUGCGUGCUGAUUGGUGCACCUCCAAUGCCCAGCAGGCGGCGCGGCGCGGGGCCGGGUUGUGAAGUCCGCCUGGGGUGCGCUUUUUAAAGGUCGCUUUAAUGCCUGCGAGUCGGGGUCGUGGUCGCCCCGCCCCGCUAUGGGUUGGGCUGCUUUCAACCGCCGCGCUGCUCCUCUUGUCCUGGGGCCCGGGCGGGGCGGGGGCGGGGGCGGGAGCGGGUGCCCCGGAUGUGGGGCGGGGGGCCUGGGGGCAGGCGCACGGCUCGUGAUGCGGGAAAUGCGGGAUUUGCUCCAGUGGAAGACGGUUGUAAUUCUCCUCCGUUGUAAAUCUUGAAAGUAAUAAGUAAAGCUCCCGCAGUGGUUCCAGU